AUGGAGCGGUUCAAAGCACAGGGGUGUUGCUGUCUGGUGGUGCAGAGAAGGAUGCUGCAGGCUUCUGCUUCCCUGGAGCAGCUGCUGACGGAGCUAGAUGACUUCCUCAGGAUUCUUGACCAGGAGAACCUGAGCAGCACGGCCGUGGUGAAGAAGAGCGGCCUGGCCGAGCUUCUCCGCUUGUACACCAAGAGCAGCAGUUCUGAUGAGGAAUACAUUUAUAUGAACAAAGUGACCGUCCACAAGCAACAGAAUGCCGAGUCCCAAGACAAAGCGCCCGGGGAGCAGAACCUGCUGACCAACGGUGAGCCCCCCCAGCCCUCCUCGGCCCCUCAGAAGAGUCUCCCAGACCUCCCGCCCCCCAAGAUGAUUCCAGAACGUAAACAGCUCUCUGUCCCGAAGAUCGAGUCUCCAGAGGGUUACUAUGAAGAGGCUGAGCCGUAUGACACAUCCCUCAAUGAGGACGGAGAGGCCGUGAGCAGCUCCUACGAGUCCUACGAUGAGGAAGAGAGCAGCAAGGGCAAGUCGGCCCCUCACCAGUGGCCCUCGCCCGAGGCCAGCAUCGAGCUGAUGCGCGACGCCCGCAUCUGUGCCUUCCUCUGGCGCAAGAAGUGGCUGGGCCAGUGGGCCAAGCAGCUGUGUGUCAUCAAGGACACCAGGCUCCUGUGUUACAAAUCCUCCAAGGACCACAGUCCUCAGCUGGACGUGAGCUUGCUGGGCAGCAGCGUGGUGCACAAGGAGAAACAAGUGCGGAAGAAGGAGCACAAGCUGAAGAUCACGCCGCUGAACGCCGACGUGAUCGUGCUGGGCCUGCAGAGCAGGGACCAGGCGGAGCAGUGGCUCAGGGUCAUUCAGGAGGUGAGCGGCCUGCCUUCCGAAGGAGCUUGUGAGGGAAACCAGUUCACCCCAGAUGCCCAGCGCCUGAGCUGUCCGAAGCCAGAUAUAAUGGAGAAGUACCUAUCAGCCUCGGAGUGUGGAAGCCCCAUAGAUGGUCACCCUGAAGUCCCAGAGACCAAAGACGUCAAGAAGAAAUGUUCUGCUGGUCUCAAACUGAGCAACCUGAUGAACCUGGGCAGGAAGAAAUCUACCUCGCUGGAGCCUCCGGACAGGUCCCUCGAGACAUCCAGCUACCUGAACGUGCUGGUCAACAGCCAGUGGAAGUCGCGCUGGUGCUCCGUCAGGGACAGUCACUUGUACUUCUACCAGGACCGGAACCGGAGCAAGGCGGCCCAGCAGCCCCUCAGCCUGCUGGGCUGUGAGGUGGUGCCGGACCCGAGCCCGGACCACCUCUACUCCUUCCGCAUUCUCCACAACGGCGAGGAGCUGGCCAAGCUCGAGGCCAAGUCUUCCGAGGAAAUGGGCCACUGGCUAGGCCUCCUGCUCUCUGAGUCAGGCUCCAAGACAGACCCAGAAGAAUUCACCUACGACUAUGUGGAUGCCGAUAGGGUUUCCUGUAUCGUGAGCGCUGCCAAAACCUCUCUGCUACUGAUGCAGAGAAAGUUCUCAGAGCCGAACACUUACAUCGAUGGCCUGCCCAGCCAGGAUCGCCAGGAGCUGCUGUAUGAUGAUGUGGAGGUGUCAGAGCUGACAACCAUGGGGGAAGCCCCCGAGGAAGCCACCCCUGCAACAGAUGCUCCCGGUGAGCCUGACCCUGACCGCGUGUACCUGGACCUCACGCCCAUCAAGUCCUUCCUACACAGCGACAGCGGUGCACAGGCCCGGGUGCCCUCACCCACGCCGCCCCCCCAGGACCCCCCGGCCGAGACGCUCCCUCUCCCUGAAGACUCGGACCCCGCCCCUGAUGAGCCCCUCAUACAGUCUCCAGAGAACCCCGAGUUGCAGAUGCAGCAGGAGAGUCAGGAACCUGAGGAGCCCUCCCUGGGAGGCACAGAGGUCAAACUCCAGGCUGGACAGCAGAAGACCUCCUUCCCACCGAGCGGCCCUGAGGCGGCGGCUGUCGCCCCAGCCGGGUCCAGCCCACCUGUGAAGGACAGGCUGAAGGCAACCAGUGCAGAGAUCAAACUUGGCAAGAACCGGACAGAGGCCGAGGUGAAGCGGUACACGGAGGAGAAGGAGAGGCUUGAGAAGAAGAAGGAAGAGAUCCGAGGGCACCUGGCUCAGCUCCGGAGGGAGAAACGGGAGCUGAAGGAGACCCUGUUAAAGUGUACAGACAAGGGGGCGGUGGCCAGCCUGGAGCAGAAGCUCAAGGAGAUGGACGAGGAGUGCAGGGUGGAGGAGCGCAGGCGUGUGGACCUGGAGCUCAGCAUCGUGGAGGUGAAGGACAGCCUCAAGAAGGCCGAGGCCGGGCCCGUGACGCUGGGCACCACCGUGGACACCACCCACCUGGAGAACGUGAGCCCCCGGCCCAAAACGGCCACCCCGACUCCUGCCCCCGACUGUACCCCAGUCAACUCCGCAACUGCGCUCAAGAACAGGCCUCUGUCGGUCAUGGUCACGGGCAAAGGCACCGUCCUCCAGAAAGCCAAGGAAUGGGAGAAGAAAGGAGCAAGUUAG